UAACAUUGAAAGAAAGAAAAUACUAAAAUAUUUUAGUAUAUAGUCAUAAUAUAACAAUAAAACUUUAUAUUAUAUUUUAUAUUAUCAUGCCAAGAUCUGUUGAUCCAUUGAUAGUUGGUCGUGUGAUAGGUGAUGUUUUAGAUCCAUUCACUAGGUCUGUUGAUCUUAGAGUUGUUUACAAUAAUAAAGAAGUGAACAAUGCAUGUGUGUGGAAACCUUCUCAAGUUGUUACACAACCUCGGGUUCAUAUUGGAGGGGACGAUCUUCGCAAUUUUUACACUCUGAUUAUGGUGGAUCCUGAUGCUCCAAGCCCAAGCAACCCUUACUUGAGAGAGUAUCUACACUGGCUGGUCACAGAUAUCCCAGCAACAAUGGAUACAAACUUUGGAAAUGAAGUCAUAUGCUACGAGAAUCCAACGCCUUCGAUGGGAAUUCAUCGAUUUGUUUUCGUGUUAUUUAGACAAUUGGGACGUGAAACAGUGUAUGCCCCGGGUUGGCGUCAAAAUUUCAACACAAGAGACUUUGCUGAGCUUUACAAUCUUGGAUUGCCUGUUGCAUCAGUUUACUUCAAUUGCCAUAGGGAGAGUGGUACUGGAGGACGCCGCGCAUAAGAGAUAUUUUAAAUAUUUAGUAGAAUAAAGACUUAUUAAUAUAUAUCAUCGCAACAUCUUAGUGAAGUUACAGGACUCAGGAAAGACAUCAAAUUGAAAAAAUGUUGCAAAAAGAUAUGCGCGGACUUUGCUUGAAGAAAAUCAGAUUAGUGACAAUUAUUUUUAUGUAAAACCUAGAUGCUUGAUGUCUAGUACUAAUAAAGGGGUUAUUACCCUCAUGUUAUAAUUAUAAUAUAUUAUAAUUAUAUGGCUUUGUAAUAAUAACUUUUCGUCGAAUUGUAUUCGUCACACAACUAUUUCCGAUGGACUUUCAUUCCAUAUUAUAUAUGGAAAUAUAUUCUGAUUUUUCUAUUAGUGACUAACUUUUCUAUGUAUAAAUCCCUAGAUGCUUGUGGUCCAAAUGUUCUAAG